AUGGCAGCCAAAAUGUUUGCACUGUUUGCACUUCUUGCUCUUUGUGCAAGCGCCAGUAUUGCUACCCAUGUACCAGGGCACUUGCCACCUGUGAUGGCAUUGGGCGCCAUGAACCCAUGCAUGCAGUAUUGCAUGAUACAACAUCCUUUUGUGAUGAACACAUGCAUGCAGUACUGCAUGAUGCAACAGGCAUUCGCCAUGGGCAGCUUUGCUUCACAAGCGUCAAUGAUGUUGCAGCAACCUUUGGCCUUACCGCUUCAGCAGUACUGGACUCCAAGGAUGAUGCCGUUUCAACAAUGCCACUGUGGUGCCAUCUCGCAGAUUAUACAACAACAACAACUACCAUUCAUGUUCAACCCGAUGGCUACAAUGAUCCCUUAUGUGUUCUUCCAGCAGCCCUUUGCUGGCAUUCCGUUCUAG